AUGGAGAGAGUCGAGGUGAAAGCAGUGGCCUCCGGGAAGCAAGGCUUCGUCACUCUCAAAGGCAAUCAGGGCACCACCUACUUGCAGGAGUUUUCUCCGUUCACGGACUUCUGCACUGCCAUGGACAAGAAGAUAGAGGAGAGGCUGGCCAAGAUCAAGUCGGUGACCAGUUUCUUCACGCAGAAGCUCAAUGAGCUGGCUCAGCACAGUAGCGGCCCCCUUGGAGAGGCAAAAGCAGAGAUCCUCAAGCUGCGGCCCAAGGCAUCGCAGCAGGCGACGGAGGUCCAGAAGCUCAAGAACAAGGUGGGCGCCGCCAAGAAGGACUACUUCAAAGCCGAGGAGGCGGAGCGAACAGCCCACUUGGAGGCGAAGGAGAGGAGAGAAGCUGAGGCACUCCUUGCCGCUGCCGGGAAGGAGGUGGAAGCUGCGGAGGCUGAGGCGGCGCAGGUCACCUCGGCCGCCGAGCCGCUGGUGGCAGCACAGGGCGAGGAGCUCAUGAAGUUCGAGAAGCCCGCCACCGUCUCGGAGGAGGUGGAGAAGCUGGCGCCCGCGGCUGCUGCAGCCCUGUCCAAGGUCAGGACGUCAUUGCUUUCGCAGACGAAAGAGAUAAAGGCCCUCAAGGGGCCGCUAGCCGAGGCUAGGAAAGAGCUGGCGAAGCUCAUCAUCAAGGUGGACGCUGCGCAGAAAAAAGUCGCGGCCGCCAAGCAGGCAGCCGAGGCUGCGUGUAAGACCAUCUGCGAGGCAGCAGAUGCCAAGGCUUCGACAGCGCUUCGUACCGAGGCGGCUGAGAAGGGGGUCGGUGCGGAAGAGCUCUUUGUGGAGUUGGCGGGUGCAGGCAACAGCACGCUGUCCCACGAGGCGCUCUGCAAGCGCUUGCUUGCCAUCAAAAGCCUUGAGAUUGCCGAGGAGCAUGCGAAACUCGUGUGCCGCAAGAUUGAGGCGCCCACCAUCAGCAAGCGAAGCUUCUUGGGCUUUGUCCAGCGAUACUACGUGGUGACGUCCGUCAUCGCCAUCACCUCAGAGUUCGAGAUUAGCAAGGCCAAGACGCUCAGAAAGGCCGAUGUAGACGAAAUCUUCGAGAUUCUCGAGGGGCCGCGGUCCGAUGAGAAGCUCGGUGUCAACCGCGUUCGCGGAAGGUCUCUUGUCGACUCCACAGAGGGCUGGCUGAGCAUCAAGGGCAACCAGGGCUCUAUCUUCCUCAAAGAGGCGGAGAAGCCAUUCUACACCGUCUGCGGGACGGAGGAGGUUCCACUUGGUCCCAGCUUCAAAGUUGGCGAGGGCGAGGCAGUCCGCAUGCUGAAGAGCGGUGAGGUCAUGGAGAUGCUGGAAGGACCCAAGAAGGAGACCUUCCCACCAGGACUCCGUGCGAAGUGCCAGGCUCUGUCAGACAAAGCAACCGGCUGGCUGAGCAUCCGGGACAAGCAGGGAACUGUUUUUGCCGAAGGCGAGGGCAAGUUCUACACCUGUGUGUCGACGGUUGCGAUUACAGACAACCUGGACAUCAAGGACUGCAAGAUCAUCAAGAAGCUGCAAGUGGGCGACCUUUUUGCCGUGGAGGAGGGCCCCGUGGUUCAGGAGGACUCAGGCGUUACCCGGGUGAAGGGCAAGACCUUGGAGGAUGCAGAGGUGGGAUGGGUCACAGUGAAAGGCAACGCCGGCACUGCCUAUGCCACCGCAAGCAAGAGCCACUACGCGGUAGUGAAGGAGGCGAAGCUCCAGAAGACCGUGAACUCGAACUCCGAGCUCGUGCGAACCCUCGAGGUCGGAGAGACCAUUAAGGUCACGGAGGGGCCCAAGGAAGAGGUGCACCAGGCGGCCUUGAGAGUAAAAGUCAAAGCAACCAGUGACGGUGCCGUCGGCUGGGUCACAGUUCUGCCGUCCUCGGUGAAGAGAUGUACGGCAAAGGAUCUUGAGGCGCUGGCGAAGAAGGAAAAAAGCGCUUAG